AUGAAGCUGCUGGUGCGCGUCGUGGAGGCGCGCGGGCUCCCGGCCGUCCACCUCAACGGCUCCAGCGACCCCUUCGUGAAGCUGCAGCUCGGGAAGCGGCGCGCCAAGACGGCCGUGGUCAAACGCAGCCUGGCGCCCGCCUGGGACGAGGAGUUCAGCUUCCUCGUCGGCGACGUUGCCGAGGAGCUCGUCGCGACCGUGCUCAACGAGGACAAAUACUUUAGCAAUGACGUCCUGGGGAGGGUCCGGGUGCCGCUCGCCGGGGUCAUGGAGACCGAAGACCUCUCCCUCGGCACCGCGUGGUACCAGCUCCAGCCCAAGAGCAAGAAGUCCAAGAAGAAAUGCCGCGGAGAGGUUUGCUUGCGCAUAUCGUUAUCUACAAGGACCCACGUACCUGAUGAAUCGCAGAGUGUUCCACAUCCUGCUUCAGACGACUUAGCAUCCAGCUCAGACAGGUCCGUUGAAAAUAAAGAUGCAACUUUAUCAACAACCAGUAGCUACAUCGACCUAUCAGCCGUUGCCAGCAUGGACCGUGCAUCGCACAGCAGUUUGGAACGAUUGGUGGAUGCAGACCAAACAAUCCGUAGCAGCAUUGAACAAGCAGCCACUGAACCUGGAGCAGCAGCUGACAAUGAUGCAAUGGCAAAUCCAUCAUCAGUGGUAGAGGUCUUGUCUCGCUAUUUCUUUGGAAAACCUGUUGAUGCUCCUGCGCCUUCGGUUGCAUCAGACACUGAGUCAGUUGAUCAGUUCCAAGAGUCAAAAAUGUGCUCUGAAGAUCGUGAAACCCCUGAGAAGGGUACAUCAUCUGAGUCAAGCCUUGAUGACCUACUGAAAAUCAUGGAGUCAAAAGACCAAGGCUCUGAAAUGCCAGGGAACUUGCCUGGUGGUGUACUAAUUGACGAAUCCUAUGUUGCUGCACCGGCUGAGUUGAAUUCCCUCUUGUUUUCGCCACAUUCAGAUUUCUGGCCAGCAGUAGCAGAGCUUCAAGGAACAAGUGGGUUUCAGAUUGAGCCAUGGAAACUUGACAAUAAUGAUACUUGUCUGCAAAGAACAUUAACCUACACAAAAGCUGCAAGUAAAUUAGUUAAAGCUGUGAAAGCCACAGAAGAGCAGAAAUACUUGAAAGCAGCUGGAAAUUCUUUCGCUUUGCACUCUGUUGUUAGCACUCCCGAUGUUCCCUGUGGAAAUUGUUUCAAGGUAGAGAUACUGUACUGUAUUACACCAGGUCCCCAGUUAUCAUCUGAAGAACAAACAUCACAUCUUACUAUAAGCUGGCGGGUAAACUUUGUUCAGAGCACAAUGAUAAAAGGAAUGAUUGAGAAUGGUGCAAAACAAGGUAUGGCAGAAGGUUAUGCACAAUUUUCGGAAGUACUGUCUCAGAGGCUUAAAGUGGCUGAGCUUGAUGAUGCUAAUUCAAACAAAGAAAAGAUUUUAGCUUCAUUACAUGCACAAAAAGAAACAGGCUGGAGGUUGAUUGUACGCUUCCUCGGGAAUUUUACGUUCAUAUUAUCUGUUAUCAUAGCACUAUAUGUUAUAGCACACCUUCAUUUAUCCAAGCCCGAUGUGAUGCAUGGGCUUGAAUAUUUCGGUCUUGACCUUCCAGAUUCAAUUGGGGAGGUUGUAGUUUGUGCUAUUUUGAUCCUUCAGGGGCAGAAUAUUGUCAAAGUAAUACGACGCUUCUUAAAUGCAUGGAAACAAAGAGGUAGUGAUCAUGGGGUAAAAGCUCAUGGUGAUGGAUGGUUGCUCACUGUUGCGCUUAUUGAGGGCACUGGUAUAAUAGCUGCUGGUUCAUCUAACUUAUUUGAUCUCUAUGUCGUUUUUACAUGCAAUGCAAAGAGGAAAACAAGUUCUAUUAAAUUUCAGGCAUCUAAUCCAAAAUGGAAUGAGAUUUUUGAAUUUGAUGCUAUGGAUGAUCCUCCAUCAAGGAUGGAUAUUGCUAUUUAUGAUUCAAGUGAACCAUUUAAUGAAGUUCCCAUUGGUCACACAGAAGUAAACUUUCUGAAAAACAAUUUGUCAGAUUUAACUGACAUAUGGCUUCCUCUUGAUGGAAAGUGUGAUCAAGCAAGCAACCCUAAAUUACAUUUGAGAAUAUUUUUGAAUAACUCGAGGGGGACUGAAGUUGUCAUGAAUUACCUGGCAAAGAUGGGGAAAGAAGUUGGUAAGAAGAUACAUUUGCGGUCAGCCCAAACAAAUGCAGCAUUCCGAAAGCUCUUUAACCUCCCUCCAGAAGAGUUUCUCAUCGAUGAUUUCACCUGCCAUCUAAAACGGAAGAUGCCGCUUCAGGGACGUCUCUUUUUUUCUCCAAGAAUAGUUGGAUUUUGUUCUAACAUAUUUGGACGCAAAACCAAGUUUUUCUUUUUGUGGGAAGACGUUGAUGACAUCCAGGUUAUCCCUGCUACACUGUCCAUCGGCAGCCCAUCGUUGAUGAUCAUCCUUCGAAAGGACAGAGGUUCAGAAGCAAAGCAUGGUGCCAAGGGGACUGAUCAUCAUGGAAGACUCAAAUUUCAUUUCCAAUCUUUUGUUUCGUUCAAUGAUGCUUACAGAAUAAUCACGGCAAUUUGGAAAAUUCGAGCACUUGGUCCAGAACAGAAGGGGGAGGUGAUUGAAAAAGACGAACUCAAAGAACUCCAGUCUGAAGAAGGUGGAUCCUUAUUCACCCAUGGAGAUGUCAAGAUGUCUGAAAUAUUUUCGUCAGUUCUUUCUGUUGAUGUUGAGUCCUUGAUGGAGAUGUUUUCAGGAGGUCCCCUGGAACACAAAGUGAUGCAAAAGGCCGGUUGUAUGGAGUACUCUGCAACAGAAUGGGAACUUGUAGGCUGCAAUAUCCAGCAGCGGCAAAUCAGCUACAAAUUUGACAAAAACUUGUCUCGGUAUGGAGGGGAAGCAACCACAACUCAGCAGAAGUAUGCCCUGGUGUACCGAGAUGGCUGGGCCAUUGAAGAGGUGAUGACCCUCCAAGGUGUUCUACUCGGAGACUACUUCAGUCUCCAGCUGAAGUACCAUAUGACGAACGUACCGUUGAAACCAAACACCUGCAGUGUUCAGAUUCUGUUGGGGAUUGCCUGGUUAAAGAGCACCAAGCAACAAAAGAAGGUCACGAAGAAUGUCAUUUCCAAUUCAUCAAAUAGAUUGAAGGAACUCUUUGCUGAAGUCGAGAAGGAGUUUACAUCAAGAAACGAUUUCUCCUCGGAGACAAAAUGCUCCGGCGUCAGCUUCAGCAUAACACCGGACCAUCCGGUGCUUUAA